AUGUUAGAUUCACAUGUUGUUAGUUGGGAUAGAACAGAGUUCAACGUUGACUUCCUUUUUCAACCUCACAGACACAAUGAAGAAGCUAGAUCCGAGAUCAUAAAAGACAUCUUGCAUGGGAUAUUGAGAUUGAGCCAGAAAGAAGUUGCUGAUUUAAAAGGGAAGCACAUAAAUGGCAGAUUUUUCCUCCAUUGUGACCAAGGCUACUAUCGAGUGUUGCUGUCACCGGCUACGUUACACCACCACCACCAUUGUUGCACCGAAGACUACCACCACCUGUUAAAAGAUGGCAAAAUUUUGGGGACCACAGUUGGAGAAUCUUCCAUCAAUGUCUAAUGAUCCGAAGUCUAUUGCGGAACUUAUAGGAGGGAACGAGGGUGGCGGGGAUGAUGACACAUCGUAUUAGUUUGAUCUUUUAUUAGAGAUUGUAGUAUGACAUAAAUUUAUAAGAAUUUUGUUAUUUAUUUUGGUGUAUGUAUAGUAUUAUAAAACAUAGAUGUUAUGUAAUUGUUUUUCUGCA